GAGAGUGUGUGUUCCAGGACCAGGGAGAGAGCAAACUUCCUGCAACAGACAUUCUGAAACUUAGAGGGAACAAGGACAUCGUUUUGGAAAAAAAUAGAUUUGCAUAUUUUAUUUUCAGUCUAUAUAUGUAUAAUAUUUUAAUUUCAGGCGCAAGGCUUACGGCAUCAGUAUAAGCUCGCUGGAACACAAAUCCAAAGAAGUUUGUAACUCGGUGAUAACUUUUGUUUGAAGUUAUUGUUGAGCUGAGAGGUUGGUCUGUAUCUUUCCGGCCUCCUCCUGUGAAUGAGCAGUGCUGCCGUCCUGCAGCCCCGGACCAGUCUAAAGGUGGAGAUGUAGCAGCAGGUGCAGGGAGCCUUGGAAUUGAUCGUAAAUCUCUCGCCGAUCCGACAAAUCGAUUUCUCCUUCCUCACCCCUCCCCCAACACCUCCGGGCAGCGCGCAUGCGUCAGAAGGGCUGCCUGCCAGAGCCGGGAAAUUUAAAAACCGUUUGUGUAGAUUCAAAAAUUCAAACAGGAGAUCGGAGCAUUAGGAAAAUCUCAUCAGUGGCUGGAAGGAGAUGAUAGAAAACGAGAUCAGAUCGGAAAUGUCAGGGAUUCUAAGGACAUCAGAGCACAAUCCUCAACAUCCAGCCCAGGAGUACAGACCCGGCCUCCUGACCCCUGACCCGUCCCAGCUGAGCGAGGAUGACCUCCCCAGUGACCUGCAGUCCCUGUCCUGGCUGACAUCUGUCGACGUGCCCCGCUUACAGCAGAUGGCCACAGGUAGAAUGGAUUUUAACCUGAACACCCAGAAUCCGACACUGACAACACAAACAGGCCUAGUUCUCCAUGACAUGCUGACCCCAACUUCAGUACAAGGGACCAUGAUCCAGGUGCAAGCAUCCAUGCAGCACGGCAUUAUGGGAAUGAACACCAUGGCAACUCAUGGACAAAGUAUGUCCCAGUACUCUGUGGCAGGGCAGCAUCCGUCCACGUUUCAGACACAGCAGACGCUCUAUCAAACCAACUCUCAGCAACUGUACAGCCUUUCACAAUCUGGUCAGCAGUGCUCUUCUGGCAAUAUCUACAACUCCGUUUACCACGCACAGAAUCAGUACGUGCAGCCCCGACUUGCUCCACAUAACGACCAGGAUCUCCAACCCAAGACCUAUCCCAAACCCAUCUACUCAUACAGCUGCCUGAUCGCCAUGGCAUUGAAGAACAGCAAAACAGGUAGCCUGCCGGUCAGUGAGAUCUAUAGCUUCAUGAAGGAACACUUCCCCUACUUCAAGACUGCCCCAGAUGGCUGGAAGAAUUCGGUGAGACAUAAUCUCUCCCUGAACAAGUGCUUUGAGAAGGUAGAGAACAAACUGAGUGGCUCGUCGCGUAAAGGAUGCCUUUGGGCCCUUAAUCCAGCAAAGAUAGAAAAAAUGGAGGAGGAGAUGCAGAAAUGGAAACGGAAAGAUCUUGCAGCAAUCCGAAGGAGCAUGGCCAACCCAGAUGAGCUGGACAAAUUGAUAUCUGAUCGGCCCGAAAACUGCAGAAGGCCAUCAAAGUAUUCGGAGAGAGCGAUCCACAUGACAACACAGGUGCCAUCGACACAGGGAAGCAUCACAGUGCCACACCUUCCCCAGCAGUCCAUUAACACCCUCUCCCUGCACUCCCUGCCGCUGCACCACCAGAUCCAGCAGCAACAGACGAGGAUUAGCCCUGACUCACCGGCCCCAGCUCAGACCCCUCCUCUCCAUGCCAUACCAGAUCUGAGCCACAGCCCCGUGCAGCACCAGGAAGACAGCAGGGUGGCUUCUGACCUAUUCUGCAUGAGCACGGAUAUGAGCACCGAUGUCGACGCCUUGGACCCGACCAUCAUGGACUUUGCUUUGCAUGGAAACCUAUGGGAAGAAAUGAAAGAUGAGAGUUUUAACCUGGACACACUUGGCACAUUUAGUACAUCCCCACUCCGUCUCUCGGACUCUCCCCUAGGAACGGUGAGCCUCACUCCUGUAUCCGGUGGGAGUGAGAAUUCUUUCUCUGACCUGCAGGUGACUGGUCUCUAUACCACCUAUGCCAGCUUGGAGACCGUGCCAACUCAGUACCUGAAUUCACAAGGGAACAAACCAAUAGCGUUGCAGUGAAGAAGAGUUGUUCCUAACUGCCAGGAAUUAUUGAUAACAAGUUGCUCAGUCAACAGAUAUUUAUCAGAAAGAGUUCCCAUGCCUGUCUUUGAGAAUUAGGCAUGCAUAGCAUUGUAGUUUUCAAUGGUUUGGCUAUCUUAUUUCGACUUCUGAAACAACACUGUAUGGAAUGUGCAAGAUCUAGGAACUUAAAUGUAGCACUGAGCAUGAAAAUGACAUUACCUGCAACGGAUGCACCUGGAGAGAUCCAGACCAUUCUCAUUGAGUAAAGGAGAAAUAUUUGUGAAAAAAAUAUAUUGAUUAGCUGAAAUAUAAUAGCACUGAUAUGAGAUGGAAGAACAAAGAAGAGUUUCUUAAUAAAACAAAUUAAAUGUAUGAAUUUUUAGCAUAGUUUACAUCUCAAUGAAACAUUUCCCUAUUCAGCCUGUAAGAAAGUGAUAUUGUACUUCAGAGUGAGGUCCAAUAUGAUGGAAGGACAGCAUUCAUUCAAUAUAAGACCUAGAUUUUGACGAUGUAUUUGGGCUCAAGCUUAUUUUUUGUUUUCUUAUGGAAGAAUCCUUGUGUUUUUAAAUGAUGAACUCAACUGACUAGAAGUAUGUUUGAGUAACGACCAAGUAAAAAGGUGAGCUUGAGCAGAGAUACAGAACCUUCAUCUCUAAUUCAUGGAUGAUGAACAAUCCCUUCAAUGAAUUUACUUCACUGUUCCAAAUUUGAAAUCCUCUUGCAAUAAUAUCAAGGAGAGUAUGUAGGCAGAUACUUCAAAGGAGAUGUGUUUGAGGUUGAUUAACAUACAUGUACAGUACUUGGAGGAUGACAGCAGCUUACCCACGAGAUACAAUGGAAGCAAAACAAAACCAACACUGAAUGCUCAUAAUUGGACCUUAAUAAUGGCUUUUAAAUUAGUAGGUGCUAGUAUUGCAAAUGUUUUUUUUUGCUUUGUAAAUGUUCUGUGCCGUGUGAUAGCUCAGUACAGUGGAAUGUGUCAGUGCUGUUGUGAUAGACAGUAUUACUGUAUACUGUUUGUAUAUUUGUUUUAUUUAUAUUUAUUGUUUUAAGGAUAAGUGAUAAUCUGCUUCAUUUGAACUAAGCACUGUUUACAAGAAUAUUUCUUAAAAUGUACAUUGUUUCCACUUGUUGGCUGUUCUUUUGUUUAAAAAGUAUUUUUUUAAAGCAACCGAUGCAAAGGUGUUAGUUUCUUAAUCCUGGGAUCGUCCAUGUGAAUAAUUGGCAAGCAGUGUCUGUAUUACCUGAAGUCUGUCUUUCUAACAUGGUUUCUUAUUAGGGACAAUCCUACAUUACAGGGGCUACUCUCUGCAAGAAUUAACAAGAUCAAGAGAUAUCAAUGUACCACUGGGACAUUCAAAUUUCUCAGAGUUUUGAGAAAGGCACAGUUUGAUGCUUUUGCAUUGACACUCUGAUAUACUCCUGAUGAUAACUGCCACGUGCAGAAAUGAUUUUCAUAAAUGUAAUCAUCUUCUUUCUACAGCUAACUCAAAUAUCAAGAUGCUUUCAUGUCAGGGUGAGAUACCAUAUAUUCUAGGCAGUCUCUAGAGUAGGUUACAUGGUCAGCACAACAUUAUGGGCUGAAGGGCCUGUAAUGUGCUGUAAGUUUCUAUGUUCUACAUCAAAAUAAUUGGAAAACAUAUCAGAAUUAGUUAACUCUUCUAAAAUAUGCUGAAUUUAACAUUUAUCUAAAAUAAAGAUAUUAAUAUUUACCUUGUUUAUAGAAGUUUCCCAGAAAAAAGCCUUUCUUUUUCAAAUUCAGUCACAAUAUAAAAUAAAAUAUAAUUUGCUGUGUAUGAAGAAACUGGGAAUCUUUAUCAGACUUGAGUUGCUGAAUUGCACUGAUCCCCAAUCUUGAUAAUUCAAAAAAACCACUAACAAUAGAGUUUUAUUGCAUCUCUUAAGAGAAAUGAGUUAGUGGUGCUUUUGGCAUAUAUACUCUCUAAUUGAUUGAUAUAAAUUGGAAGAAAGCAUAACUUCAAAAGAUUCAUUAUAAAUCUUAGUUGUAAAUCAGCUUUUCGUAAGUAUAUUCUUCGUAAAGUGUACUUUCAUAUGAGCCAGCAAGUGGAGACCACAGAUAUAAUAUUCCUUGAAAAAGUAAUUAAUUGAAUACCAAUUGAGUUUUAUCUGUGAGGCUGUGGGGAUGAAGGAAAUAUUUUAAGAUUUUUCCUUCUCACCUAGCUUCAAAUCAGUUGGGAAUUUUUAACUAGAAUGUAAUGAAGUUGUUUAUGUAAAAUGUGUUAGGUAUAUGAAUAAAUAUUUAAGUUAGAAUUGGUCCUGUUGGGUUUAUUAAACCUCAUCCAAGUACCUUAAAUAUGCAAUUCUAAUAACUAUUUUCUGUAUUGUAUGUUACUGUAGUACUCCUUCCCAUCAGGUUUAAGGUAAAGACCAGGCACACUUUGCCUCUCUUCUGUUUCUUGUGUAAAAAUGUUACCAAUGUUUAAAAUGUGAACAAUAUCACACUGAGACCUACUGACUUUCCUCUGCCUUGGGACACUAAGUAUAGAAAUGUUUGUCAUUGACAUUCAGUGGGAAAAAAGCACGUGUUUCCUGCAUCUCAACAAGAGCAAUUUGAUCACUAUGAAAGCAAACUGCAGCAAAGCUCAAUCUUAGUAUCUCUCACGCACUGUUAUACCCAAGUGUACUACAGCAACACUUUUACAAACUAUUUUACGUCUUUAAAGCAACUUAUAUUGUUUAAAUUACAUUGUGUUCCAAGUUCUUUAGCAAGCCUAAAGGUAAGAUUAAUGGUGUCCUUAAUCAGUGCCAUUCAAUAGGUGCACAGUACCUCCAAUAGGCAGAAAGCAAUCCUUUCAAUAGUGAGUCAAAUGCAGCCAGUAGGGAUCAUAACUGUAUUUAAGUGAGUUGCGAUUCCUUUCCAAGAAAGAACAAGGCACUUUAAGAACAUAGAUUCAUCUCACAAAACUAUGUUCCAUUCGAGAAAGUGUCUUCAGAUAGCCAUGUUACUCCAACAGAAUUUCUUUUUCAGGAAUUACUCAUCCUCUAGCUUUUUCAGUUUUAGAAGUAUGCAUUGGUAUCCUAGUUUCAAAGAUUCAAAGUAUAUUUAGUAUCGAAGUGUGUAUACAGAAUACAACCCUGAGGUUCAUCCCCCAUCCCCCCGACAGCCACAAAACAAACAAACAGCACGGAACAGCUCAAGCAAAUAUCAAACAGCCAGUGCACAAACAAUGAACAAAUUGCACAAAUGGCAAAAAGCAAACAAAUACAAAUUCCGUACAUUAGCAUUGCUUAGGACGAUGCAUACCCCAGAGCUGUAGCAAACUGAGAGGCAAAGAGUGUACUACAUUUACAGGAAGAGGAAAAAGUGUCAACUCCAUCUGACUUGCACCAUUCUUCUAUGCUCUUGCUUCCCUCACUACUUUAUUGAGCCAAAUCAGUGUUUCUUCUAAUGCUGAGCAUUAUAUGGUUAUCCCAUUUAUUCAGAAACUUAGUCACUAGAAAGUGAAUAAACAUAUAAUGACUAAGUUUCAGUCAGUACAGGGUUCACCUGUGGCCAUUUCCCUCAGCGACAAGUAUACACCUCUGGACAUGGCUGUGUGCGAGGGGUGGGGAUAGCCUAUCAGGGCACAGCAGCAGCAGCCAGGCCAGUGGCACUGAGGCUCAGCUGCGAAAGAGAAACGCGGGCAGUGUAGUUCCUUCCAGGUGCUACGGCCCAGGAGGUCUCAGAGCAGCUGCAGAAGAUGCGCAAGAGGGAGGGUGAGCAGCCCGAGGUCGUGGUGCACACUGGUACAAAUGACAUAGAUAGACAGGGCAAAGAGGUCCUGUACAUUGAGUACAGGGAGUUGGGUAAGAGGCUGAAAAACUGGCCCUCCUAUGUGGUCAUCUCCGGAUUACUCCCAGCGCCAUAUGCCAGUCAGAGCAGGAGUGGGAUGAUAGUACAGAUGAAUGAGUGGCUGAGGAAAUGGUGCAGGGGGCAGGGUUUCAGAUUUCUGGAUCAUUCAGAUCUUUUCUGGGGAAGGUGAGAACUGUGCAAAGAGAAAGAGUUACACCUGAACCCGAGGGAGACCAGUAUCCUUGUGGACAGGUUUGCUAGAGCUGUUGGGGAGGGUUUAAAUUAAGUUGGCAGGGGAGUGACAGGGCUGAGGUUGGGGCAUUGGUGUAUACAAGUUGAUGUGGUGUGUCGGGAGACUGAGGAAGGACAGGCAGAUGAUAGGGCGAAAACUGAAGUCAGUGGGAUGAGCUGAAGUGUAACAUGGGCAAAAUCGAAAACGGUGAUGGAUACAGGACUGCAGAUGGUAUUUUUGAAUGCACACAGUAUACGGAAUAAGAUAAAUAAUCUUGUAGAGUAUUUAGAGAUUGGCAGGAUUGAUGUUGUGGGCAUCUCUCAGUUGUGGCUGAAAGAAGAUCACAGUUGGGAGCUUAACAUCCAAGGAUACACAUUGUAUCGAAAGGAAGGCUGGUAGGCAGAGGAGAUGGCUUGGCUCUGUUGAUAAAAAAUGAAAUCAAAUCCUCAGAAAGAUGUGACAUAGGAUGGGAAGAUGGAGAGUCCUUGUAGGUAGAGUUAAGAAACUGCAAGAUUAAAAAGACUGUGAUUGGAGUAUUAUACAGGCCUCUGAACAAUAGCCAGGAUGUGGGAUGCAAAUUGCAAUGGGAGAUAGAAAAGGCAUCCAAAGAGGGCAACGUUGCAAUAGUAAUCGGGGAUUUCAAUAUGCAGGUAGACUGGGAAAAUUAGGUUGGUGCUGGAUCCCAAGUGAGGAAAUUUGUAGACUACCUAAGAGAUGACCUUUUAGAACAGUUUGUGGUUGAACCGACUAGGGAAAGGAAAUUCUGGAUUGGAUGUUAUGUAAUGAACCAGAUUUAAUUAGGGAGCUUAAGGUAAAGGGACCCUUAGGAGGCUGUGAUCAUAAUACGAUACAAUUCAUAUUGCAAUUUGAGAAGGAGAGCGUAAGUUCAGGUGUAUCCAUAUUAUUAUAGAGCAAAGGGAAUUACAGAGGCACAAAAGAGAAGUCAAAUUUGAUUGGAAAGGGAUACUAACAGGGAUAACAUCAGAACAGCAAUGGCUGGAGUUUCUACAGCAAACUUGGAAGGCACAGGAAGGAUACAUCCCAAAGAUGAAGAAGUACUCUAAGGGGAGUAUGAGGCAACUGUGGCUGGCAAGGGAAGUUAAAGACAGCAUAAAAGCAAAACUUAAUGGGAAAACUUGAAGGUUUGGGAAGCUUUUAAAAACCAGCAGAGGGCAUCUAAAAAAAAACAUAAGGAGAGAAAAGAUGAGAUAUGAAGGUAAGCUAGCGAAUAACAUCAAAGAGGAUACCAAAAGUUUUUUCAGAUAUAUAAAGAGGAAAUGAGAGGUGA